CGUAUACAGUAANCCCCCCCCCCCCCGUCAAUUCCGGCAAACAACCGUCAAUCCGCCUAACUCAAUGCGACAAAUAGUAACCGUAGUUAUUCAACGCCCUCUUCCCUCCGCCGCAACUCCCCCGGCGCCUCCUCCGCCGUCACCACCGACAUCCAAAUUCCCCCUCCUGGUUUGCAGGAAAAAAAAUCCUCAUCUGCCCGUAAAAUUGACGCAAUAAUCAUAAAAAAGAAUAUCCGCGCCGAUCAGUAGUUAUAUUUCCCGGAUAAUUGCGCGAAUCUGCGAUCAGCUCUUCUUUUAAACAACGUAUUAAUUAAACUUUUAGGGAUUUUAUCUUCAUCACGCAGUCGAUGUAAAAGGAAGAAAUCGAUCGGGGUUAGUUUGCGGAUUGGGAUAAGAAUGAAGCAUCAGAAGAAGAAGAAGAAGAGAUCAAAGGCGUCGAAAACCGGCCGGGUCGGAAAGGCGGCUCCUUCUUCUUCAGAGGGAGAUGUGAAACAGGGGGAAAAGGCUGUAGGUUCGUUAUUGGAAGCUUCUAGUUCUGUUUCAGCGAAUGGGGAACCGAAGGAGGACGGCGAGGUCAUUGUGAACCUGGAUGAGAUUUCGGAGGAUCGGAGCACAACCUCGUCCUCGUGUUUUAGCUCUUCGGAGACGUGUAUGGAGGAUCAUUGUCUUCAAAAUGGGGCUAGACAGAAGUGUAAGAUGAAAAAGGAUAUAGCUUCUGCAGGGACAGUUUCGACCUUGCUGGGAAAAGACUAUGUGAUGUCUGUUCCUAAAAAGAUUUCAUCCAGAAUGAAGGGUUCUAAUGGUGAUUUUUUUAGUAAGGAAGAUGCUGAACAAUUCCUGUGCUCAAUGUUUGGUGAACACUGUGAUUUGAGCUUCUCUGCUCUCAGAGACGUAUUAUGUAAGUGUGGAUAUGAUGUAAAUAAGCAUCCUCAUGUGAUCAAUCGGAAAAGAGUAGCUGCAGCAUAGAGGCACAAGCACCAUCACUUAGCAAAACAAGUGAAAAUCACACUGAAAAUACUUGUGGUACUGUUUCUCCUUCAUCUGAAGGAGAAUUUCAGGACCUCAUACCAAAUACAAUGAACUCUUGCUGGAAUAAGUUUAAAUUUAGUCCUGAUACUAAUUGGAGUUCUUCACCAACACCAAAAAAAUUGGAUUCACAACUCACAAAGGAAGUUUUAAAAUCGUUGUUUAAUAUGCCUACCCCCAAGAAUGCUGAACGUGAACCAAAUACACUGAACUGGAAGAAUGUAGUGACUAAAAUGGCAUCGUUCAGACCAAAACACGAGCCCUUCCCUGCCAAGAUUGUAACAGAUCAUUAUGACCAUGCUAAGGGAGAUGACUACCAGGUGUUCAGAGAAGCUUCAAAGCAGCAUUGGGAAUCUAUGAAGCAAUGCUAUCAGAAGGCUGCCUCAGCCUCUACCAAUGGCAAACAUCAAUAUGCUGCUUAUCUCUUCGAACAGGUUUGUUGUAUGACGUUGAGAUCGGAUCUUGCAAGUUUCUGUGCAGUUUUUUUUCUUUCAAUUCAGUAUUAACCUUCAAUACACAUUUUAGAAUAUCCUGCAGUAUUGAUUAAGAUGAACUUUUACUUAUUCAUGGAAACUAGCCAGUUAAAAUAGGUAACACCUUUUCAUAUAUUGCAAUGUUUGAUCAGGUCUAAUGUAAACCCUAACCUAAUUUAUGGGU